UACCAUCGCCUGAAAGCUAACCUUACGGAGGGGAGGAAAAAAACACUGAAACAAAGUUUGGACGGGAGAGGGCUGUUUUAAACCAUCCGAAGUGUUUCGACAGAGACGAACAGGCACUCAUCGGGCUCUUUGCCCCACUUUUGGAUUACGAUAUGGACGCUUUGAAAUCCGCUGGAAGGGCAAUUAUACGGAGCCCCAGCAUCGCAAAACAGUCUUGGGGUGCGGGCAGACAUAAAAAGCUUCCAGAGAACUGGACGGACACGAGGGAGACCCUACUGGAGGGCAUGGUGUUCCAGCUCAAGUACCUGGGGGUCACGAUGGUUGAGCAGCCCAAAGGAGAGGAGCUUUCUGCAGCUGCUGUCAAGAGGAUAGUGGCCACGGCCAAAGCAAGUGGAAAAAAACUCCAGAAAGUCACGUUAACAGUCUCCCCACGAGGAAUCAUCCUUUACGACAGUGCCUCCAACCAGAUGAUAGAAAACAUCUCCAUAUACAGAAUAUCAUAUUGCACGGCGGACAAGAUGCAUGACAAAGUGUUUGCCUACAUUGUCCAGAGCCAACACAAUGAGACUCUCGAGUGUCAUGCCUUCCUCUGCACCAAGAGAAAAAUGGCCCAGGCAGUAACCCUCACGGUGGCUCAGGCAUUCAGAGUGGCGUUUGAAUUCUGGCAGGCUGCCAAGGAAGAGAAAGAGAAACGAGUGAAGUCAGGUUCAGACGGGGAAGGAGCCAGCAACUCUCAGUCAGAGAGCUCGGCCAGCCUGGGCAGCCUGAAGGGAGGAGAGGUAGCCACGGGGAAACUUCUAGACUUGGCCGAGGGAGCUAACGUGGCACAGGUCCACUCAGGAACAAAGCAGGCCGAAUCGGAUCCCUUUAUGGUGCAUAAUCAGGCAACAGAGAACAACAAUACUGUAUGGGAGUUGGAGGACGGUCUGGACGAGGCUUUCUCAAGCCACAGUCUGGAUAGCUUUGAAUCCUACUCAGACUCGCUGAGUCUCGCACUAACCCCCAGGUCCUGGACAUUGGGGUAAACCCUCAGGACUUCAACACUGAAGAGUGCCUGUCCCCAGGCAAAUGGGACCAAGAGGACACAGACUUCACUGCACAAAAAGACACUUUUGGGUGCUAAUGUGAAGCCUCCGCCAAGAAGGGAAAAACAGGGAAAGAUGAGGAGAAAAGGUGGUAAAAGAAGAAAAGUAACAAAACAGACAUUUGUGACAUAAGUAAGGAUUCCCACCUUCUCGCUGCUGCCAAGUCCUCUCAGUGGUGCAGUCUAGCGGCUCUCUGAUGCUUCUGCAUCAACACGACCAGAGGAGGAUAACAUGAGCAGGCUGCUCACAGAACAGGCCAAAGCAAUACAAACCAAUUACUCCCUUUUCUAUGGAAAAACAUGCAGUUAUUUAAUGUUUGUUACAGUCAGUGUAUUACUUCCUUUUUGUGUCUGUUUACCUAUUCACUGUUUGUAAUGUGUGGUAUGUACUUGUAUACAUUGUACACAGAAAGUGUGUGUGUGUGUGUGUGUGUGUGUGUGUGUGUGUGUGUGUGUGUGUGUGUGUGUGUGUGUGUGUGUGUGUGUGUGUGUGUGUGUGUGUGUGUGUGUGUGUGUGUGUGUGUGUGUGUGUGUGUGGAGAUAUACAGUAUAUAAAUGUACAAACUGAUAUAUCAGAAUCAUGAGGAGCCGAGUGUGGAACAUUUUAAUUGAGUUAAAGGUCAACAAGGGUGCUGUGCUGUCACAUAUCUUAUUCACUUAGAGUUGGAGAAAUGUAACUGGAUUAAAGACUAAAACUCACUGGUGAAGGCCACUGAUGCACCAGUUUUAAUAUUCUGCAAAACUAUUAAGUUACUACCUAUGUGCUUAAAAGCAUCAGCCUUUUGUUUGGCGGCAAAAGCUUUAAAAAAUGUGUGUAUGUGUUGUUCAAAGAGUGUUUGUGUGGAAAAUGGAUGACAACAAGGUGACAAUCUUUUUUUCUUUUUUUUUUCUAAUGCAAAAUCUAUUUUUGCACUCAGCAUUCAUCCAUCUUUAAAAGCACACAUUUCAUGUAAGGGAAUUUAAUGUCAGAAUGCAUCAAACUCAUUAUUUAGGCUUAUAUGCAGUGCCUCGAUUCGCUCUUCUCCUUGGAGUUUUUCAGGUUUUAUUGUUUUAACUUAAAUCACAGUGAAUUCAUGAUGCUGGUUUGACUGAAAUGUUUCAGAAUCAUGGACAAGACUUGGAUUGGAAGUUGUUUUGUUUGACUUUAACAUUAGUCUUUUCUUUGAUUAUGUCAACAGGCCUCAUUAAUCAAGUGUGAUUAAUAGUUGAACAAGCAAAAUAUGAAGUCCAAGGGGUUGAGUUUGUUAAUUAUUGGCAAUCUACCCCUGUUUGUUAAAUUAUAAUGUUGCAUUUGUUAGUUUACUAUUUUUUUGGGGUAUGGUUCCCUGUGUUAUUUUUGACAUUUUGAUUAUGUAUGAAUAUAAUUUAAUUCAUUAAUUUACAUAAAUUUCAAUAAAAGCUAAAUAUGUAAGUGUG